CCCUCCAGGUUAAUCGAUUACUGUUAUCGGACAUGCAGCCGGCGAAUAUGUUUACCUUUGUUUACAAAACAUUUCAUCUGCAGUAACUUCUUUUAGCUGUCUUCAACAAUGAGUGACACGGAAUCAAGGGCCACUGAAACUUCAAAUGAUUUCGACUCCUUAGAAAUCUCCGAAUUGGAUGUGGGCAGUGAUAGGUUCAAUCCUCUUCGAGCGUUAUACGAACCCAAUUUUAGGGUCACCGAUGCAGUUCCUAAGGUCCUCUACCAAAAUCUGGCUGCCUUCGACAGUGCACUUAAAAAGUUCGGCAUCUGGCAGCUAAAUAAGCGCCAAAAGCCAGGAACAGGAGAAGCAGGGGAUCAGGGGACAUCGAAAAAGGCUUCCUCUUCCAAAUCUGCUGAUAUCCUGCCUCCUCAGCGACGUUUUGAACCGCACCAGAUGCCCACCACCAGCACCAGAAAGAAGCAUCAUCGAAAUAUUUUCACCUACAUGCAGGCGGCUGUUGGACCACUGGAACUCCUAACAAAGUGCAUAUCUUCUACCAGCCACCAUGAAUCCACCGAAACUAGACGAGUUCGGGUGGUGAUUCGCAAGCACCGAUCGGUGGGCGGCAGUGUAGAGGGUGAACUGGUGGCUUUUGACAAGCAGUGGAACCUCCUCCUCAGAAAUGCUACCGAAACCUGGAAACGACGAAAGUACAAUUACGGAGAGCAAAACAUAUGCGACACAUCUGUUGAUUGCACAGGCCGCCUCUUGGAGUUGGGUAUCACUGUUCCCAGGAAUCAAGUCAAAAGUUUGAACCGAAAAAACGUGGAGAUUCGGCGAGAGCUCCCACAGAUUUUGAUACGUGGCGAAAAUGUGGUUUUAGUUAGUUUAAUACCUAAUCUAUCAAAAUAGUGUAUAGCUUAAUAAAAGGUACAUUUUUGUAGAGUUCUACUUAAACAACUACAGCUACUACUUAA